CUUCCUAGAAUCACUCCCAGGCCACGAAAUUUGAAAUGGAACAAUUCCAACCCAUGUUUUGCCUUUAUAUAUCUUGUAGAUUGUAGAUAGAUUAACCAACUCUUUCAUUCUUUCUCCCCUACUCAAAUAACCGUUGUCUAAAAUUAACAAAAUCAAAACCUAAAUAAUCAACAUCAACACACAGAGAUAUGUCGAGGCAGCAGCGGCGACUGUCGUCGACGCGGCAGGAGCUGGGUCGAAGCGUCGUGCUGGGAGCGGCAGCGAGUGGCGUCGGGCGCAUAGCUGGGUCGAGAAGAGGUGGCGACUGGCGAGGCGUGGGGCGGCGAGCUGGGUCAACACGAGGGGCAACAACAGGCGGCGAGGUGUGGGGCUGGGACCGGCAACGGCGCGGGGCGGGGACGCAGGCUGCGCUGUUGGCUACUACGAUGGCGGACAACGAAAGGGGAAGGGGAGUGUUCUUUGGACGGCUGCUCGAUGACGAUGAAAGUAGGGUUUGAAGACAAAACCCUCAAGUUCCACGCAGGACAAAACGGGGUCGCUUGGUAAUAGCCGGUAGUCGAGUUCGACCAGUCAGACCCCGAAUUUCCCCGGUUUUGACCGGCAACCAUCCAGGACUAAUUAUGGUUGUGCCUGGCCGUUUCAGUGCCCAUUUCUGCCCAGACCCGGUUCGAUCAGUUGGUUCGACCCCGGAUUAACAAACUUGAUUCUUAGUUUUUCGAUAGGUUUGACUAAUAAAAAAAUCCAAAAUAGGUUUGGAUAAAAAAUAGACAUUACC